CGCGCCGGGCCAUGGCAGGCUCGGAGGCGUCCUAGCCCGAGCCCGAGCCGGAUCCGAGCCCGCGCUGCCGCCACCGCUGCCUCUCCGCGCCCGGGCCCCCGCCGCCGCCGCGCCCCCCGCGGGAAAUGGAACAGCGGAACCGGCUCGGCGCCCUCGGAUACCUGCCGCCGCUGCUGCUGUACGCCCUGCUGCUCUUCGUGGCCGACGCUACAUUUACCGAAGUCCCCAAAGAUGUGACAGUACGGGAGGGAGACGACAUCGAAAUGCCCUGCGCGUUCCGGGCUAGCGGAGCCACCUCGUAUUCGCUGGAGAUUCAGUGGUGGUACCUCAAGGAGCCGCCCCGGGAGCUGCUGCACGAGCUGGCGCUCAGCGUGCCCGGCGCCCGGAGCAAGGUAACAAAUAAGGAUGCAACUAAAAUCAGCACCGUGCGCGUCCAGGGCAAUGACAUCUCGCACCGGCUGCGGCUGUCUGCCGUGCGGCGGCAGGACGAGGGCGUGUACGAAUGCCGCGUGUCGGACUACAGCGACGACGACACGCAGGAGCACAAGGCCCAGGCUCUGCUGCGCGUGCUCUCGCGCUUUGCGCCGCCCAACAUGCAGGCCGCUGAGGCCGUGUCCCACAUUCAGAGCAGCGGUCCGCGUCGCCACGGCCCCGCCAGCGCCGCCAACGCCAACAACGUGGAUGCCACCGGCGCUGCGGGCCGCGCCACCUCCCAUCCCGGCCGCGGCGACAAAAGCCCGCCUCCGGGGAGUCCUCCCGCCGCCCCAGGUCCCGGAGUCCCCGAGGCGGCAGCCGCCUCCGCGGCCCACGCAGCCACCACCACCGUCGCAGCCGCGGCCGCUGCUUCGUCAGCGUCGCCGCCACUGGGCCAGGCUGUCCUUCGCCAGAGGCACGGCUCAGGCACUGGCCCUAGCUCCGCCACAGACCCACUCCUGUCCCUGCUCCUGCUAGCCCUGCAUCAGUUCCUUCGCCUGCUGGUGGGACACUGACAGACACGGCCAUCCUGCACACCUCAGCCGCCCCACACGACCUGCCCGGACCCAGUGUGAGGCCCGCAGUCACAGGUGGACACAGAGAGACUUGAGAGAAGCAUGACCAAGUCCACGUGGAAAAUAAAUAAAUCAUAUUUUUGGGGAGGUUACACAAACGUAGAACACCUAAAAUAAUGCAUCUAGUUUCCAAAUAAGAUGGAAUUUGGACCAUGCGGCAUGCAUGGGAUCAGUGAUUUCUCUACUUCAACGUAUUUUUCUUUUCUAAACUUUUCCUCCAAGUCUUCAUUUUGCACGAACUGUUGAGCACUUAUCUUUAGGAUACUAUGUAAAAAUGUUGGGUCAAAGCCUUUCUGACAAAGCGAAAUAUUUUUAGUAGAUUAUUGUGUUUAGGAAUUUUUUAUUUACUUUUUUUCUUUGGGGGCUUUCCUUUUUUUUUAUUAAAGUAAAUUAUUUCUUUUGAGACAUUUUGAUUAAAAAAAGAUACAUCUUAUCAUAAUUGAAAUUCACUGUCAAUAAUAUUUAUUUUUAAAUAAAGAUUGGAAACAAGGUCAGACACUUGUUUAUAAACUGUAUUGUAUAUUGCUGAUAACAGUUGAAUAAAAAACAACUUUGAAAUAACCUCUCUGCAGGCAUGUAUGAAUGUUAAGCCCUGGAGACUAGAACAGCCCGAAUGCCAUGACGACCUGUUCUUUGAAGCCAGCUGCACGCUUGGCGGGAUGUAGCCCAGCAUGGAGGACAGCCCAGGGAACCUGGCCAAGGCUGCACAGAGCAGACAGGAGUAUUUCCCAGCCUCCACGAGGCACAGGGGACCUCACGGAGCCAGGAGCGAGAGGAACCCCCAGCCUGGGUUCAGAAGGAAAGAAGGUCCCCGGGAAGAGGUGUGAUUUAAAUCAAGAACCACUUUUCCCCUUCUGGUUUAAAGUAAUUGUGCAACACACUGGCCCACUUGGACAUGACAAUUUCACCUCCACUGACUCCAUUAUUGGAUUCACUGCUAGUUUGAGAAGGGAGUUCCGGGAGAAGGUGGGGCAGCUC